UAUUACAAAAUGGGGCAAUGUAAUGAGAAAACGUUAACCACAGAUGAAAAAUACAUGCGCAAUAAUCACCCGGGUGCCAUUACGUACAUAGGAGAAUGGAAAAAACGUUUUGAUUUCUCAGGCAACUUUAAAUUAGUAGAACUGCAGUUCAUUAGGCGAAAUUUGCAAAGUAAGGAAAUUUUAAGCAAGGGAAGAAGACGGGAAAAUAUCCAAGCCCAAUUAACGGCAAUAGCUGUGUGGAUAGAACAAGCAAAGAAGAGGGAACAAUACAGGGAGGAGAAGAAGAAGCGGAAAGCAGAAAAAGCAUUGGUGGGGUUGGCCAACAUCAAGCCUGAUGAAGAAACAGGCAGCAGAGAUAAUUGCAUUAACGGAAGCAUGCAUCUUAUAUGCAGGAAAAGAGGUAUCCAUCUACACUGACAGCCAGUAUGCCCAUUCAACCCUACACGUCUACGCUGCACAGUGGGCAAGAAGAGGCAUGACCACCUCCACUGGCAGACCCGUGGAACAUGCGGAGUUACUCAUAAAGCUGUUAGUAACUAUACAGCUUCCAAGAGCAUUGGCCGUGGUAAAAUGUAAGGCACACACGAAGGGGACAGAUGAUGUAAGCAAGGAGAAUGCAUUGGCCGACGCUGCAGCGAAAUUGGCAGCCCUGACACACCCGAUCAUGAUCAGCAUGGUGGGACAACACACCACUGGAGAACAUUGGAUGGUAGGACAGCAGAUAGGGAGGGGUGAUUCAGGUGUGGUGACUGAACCCAUACAAGACCGGAUACAGGAACCAGAGUAUGAUGAGACCCACGUCAUCAAGAUUGAACCAAAGGAGGCGGGAACACUGUUCACCUCUGUGUCGGCCCUGACACUGAACACUCAAAUCAACCCCCUCAUACCAAUUGAGGUAUUGAAGGAUAUGCAACAGCACGCAUCAAUAGUGGAAAAAGAACGAUGGGAACGGGAUGGUGCCCGCGAAGAACGAUGGAGGGAUAUACACUGUAGGGGACAAACCCUGACUGCCAAGAAACCUGUUCGCUCUGGCUGCAAGAUUGAGCCAUGGUCCCUGCCAUGUCUCAACAGGAGGGAUGGAACUAAUAAUAAGGGAUGCGUUCCACGCAUCUCCAGGACUAAACUCUUAUUUAAAAACAUUUUGUAGACAGUGUUUGAUUUGCUGUAGGCACAACCCUCAAGGUAACAUAAGGCCAAAACGGGGCAGAUGUCCUAGUGGUACUUACCCUUUUGAAAUCAUACACAUGGACUUCAUAGAAUUAACAAGUAGCACAAAUAAAUACAAAUACUGUCUAGUGUUAAUAGAUACGUUCUCCAAAUGGGUAGAGAUAGUCCCAGCUAAGAAAGCAGACGCAUUGACAGUAGCCAAAGCCAUCUGUAAAGAAAUUGUUCCAAAUCAUGGUAUCCCGAGAGUAAUCUGGAGUGAUAAUGGGACUCAUUUUGUAAACGAAAUCAUACAGAACAUGAGUCAACAUUUAGGAAUUACAUUGAAAAAUCACUGUUCAUACCACCCCCAAAGUGCAGGGUUGGUCGAGCGUACGAACGGGACUAUCAAGCUAAGGCUUAGGAAAACCAUGGAACAAACAAAUAAAACAUGGCCGGAAUGUCUGCCGUUAGUCAAAAUGUACAUGAGAAUAGUACCAAACACAAUGGGCCUGACACCUUUCGAGAUAGUAAACGGGAGACCUUUCAGAUUACCUUUGUGGGAGGGGGAACCAUGGCAGGAGAAUGAGGGGGAAUUGGACCCAUUGACAGAAUGGAUGUGCAAAAUGUUUAGAGAAAAGAGUGUGCAAAAUGCCAGUAACUUGCCAGUCUCCUUGUCUUCUCUUCCACAGGCUCUCCUGAAACCGGGUGACGAAAUCCUGAUAAAGGUCAUCAAAAGGAAGUCCUGGGCGACACCCAAGUGGGAAGGACCGUUCCGAGUACUCAUUACCACCCCAACUGCGGUAAAAAUCGCAGAACGAAGCACCUGGAUACAUCAGUCCCAGUGCAAGAAGUUGACACCAGACGCUGCCCUUGAGUAAGCGGGAAGACGGACGGUAUCAAAACCCUUGUCCGCCGAAGAAACCAACAGACACUCACUCACCAGCCACA